UUGAUCAUAACUUCGUUGUUUCAUAUCACCCUAUAGCUAGCUAUAUAUAUCCUGCCAUGCCUGGCUUUCUCAAACAUCAAACCAAAUCGAUCAAUAUAUACCAUAAUGUUGUACUUGGCUUUGUCAUUUGUUUCUUUCCUGUUGUUCUUCAAUAUCCGAGGAGGCUCGGCAGAACAAUGCGGAAGCCAAGCAGGGGGUGCUUUGUGCCCGGGAGGGCAAUGCUGCAGCAAGUUUGGCUGGUGUGGCACUACAUCUGAUUACUGCGGCACCGAUUGCCAGAGUCAAUGCGGUGGUAGUGGUGGUGGUGACAUUGGGGGUGUGAUCUCAAGGGCCGCCUUUAACGAGAUGCUCAAGCAUCGGAACGACGGUGGUUGCCCGGCCAAAGGGUUUUAUACUUACGAUGCUUUCAUUGCAGCUGCAAAAGCUUUCCCCGCCUUUGCUACAACUGGUGAUACUGCCACCCGUAAGAGGGAGGUUGCUGCUUUCUUAUCUCAAACUUCUCAUGAAACUACUGGGGGAUGGGAAACUGCACCUGAUGGACCGUACGCAUGGGGCUACUGUUUUAACAAGGAGCAAAAUCCAGGAACUUACUGCGCCGCAGAUCCAAAUUAUCCAUGUGCUGGUGGUAAGCAGUAUUAUGGCCGUGGUCCGAUUCAACUUUCUUGGAACUACAACUAUGGACGGUGUGGACAAGCCAUAGGAGCGGACUUGCUGAAUAACCCCGACCUUGUUGCCACAGACCCUGUAAUCUCAUUCAAGACAGCAUUCUGGUUCUGGAUGACCCCUCAGUCACCCAAGCCCUCUUGCCAUGAUGUUAUCACCUAUAGAUGGAACCCUUCCGGAGCCGAUACGUCAGCUGGCAGGUAUUCCGGGUACGGUACGACCACAAACAUCAUCAACGGUGGACUUGAAUGUGGUAAGGGCUGGGAUGGGAGAGUGGCGGACCGCAUUGGCUUUUUCAAGAGGUACUGUGAUUUGCUUGGAAUCGGUUAUGGUGACAAACUUGACUGUUAUAAUCAGAGGCCUUUUGGGUCUGGACUCAGUACAUAUUAUUCAUCCUCAGAAGAGUCGAUGUAGAAUGCGUUUGCUAGCUAGCUUUCUAAUUCGCGGCUUCGUUGUGGUUGGCGGUUUCUUGUUAUCCACAAUGUACCUGUGACAUGCAUGCAUACUUUUGUUUCAUGUAAGAAUAAUUGUGAGUAGCUCAUUUAACUAUCCCUUUGUGAGCUAUCUUACUUGUACUGUAAGCUGUAUGUGAGCUAAUAAUUACCGUCUAUCGAUCUGUACGUAAAUUAAGAUAAACACGUAUAUGCAUGCAUGUCCAUUGCUAUAAAUAAAUUAAUAAAUGGGGAUAGAACUUAA